AUGGGCAAAUUGUGGACUAACCAUCUCCUAGUGCUGUUUCUGUGGCGUUCAAUAGGUGCCCAGCAAGUGGAAGAUGCAGUGCCCUUUCAGUUUAGGCAUUCACUUUACAAUGUGAUUAUAUAUGAAAAUUCAGCACCAAAAACAUUUGUUGAAAGCCCCUCUAAAAUGGGCAUUUCUAUGAUGAAUAAUUCUUGGGAUAUUUGGUAUGCGAUAGAAUAUGGGGAGUGUGAGAAUUUAUUCAAAGCUGAGAAGUAUAUUUUGGGUAAUUUCUGUUUCCUGCGAAUAAGGACCAAAGGAGUGAACUCUGCCACACUUAAUAGGGAAGUAAAAGACCAUUAUCUACUAACUGUAAAUGCUAUUGAAAGACACACAGGUGCUGAGGCGCAAACCCAAGUGAAAGUACAUGUGCUGGACAAAAAUGAUCUCAGACCUCUUUUCUCACCAAUUGCAUAUUCUUUUUUUGUACCUGAAAACUCAGCCAUCAAAACAAGCAUUGGCAGAGUCUAUGCCACAGACGCUGAUACAGGCACCAAUGGAGAGUAUUAUUUUAGUUUCAAAGAGUGGACUGACAUGUUCUCCAUUCAUCCAACCAGUGGGGUCAUAACUCUGACAGGCAAGCUGGAUUACUCAGAGGUGGAUCUUUAUGAGAUUGAUGUGUUGGCUAUGGACAGAGGCCUGAAGCUCUAUGGAAGCAGCAGCAGCAGUAGCACAGCAAAGCUAAAGGUGCACGUACUGCAGGCCAAUGAACAUGUACCUGUAAUCACAGCUGUCCCUUUAACUCCAUGGAACACAACCAAGGAUCGCACAUAUGCUUUUGUGACUGUGGAGGACUACGAUGAAGGGCUAAACGGUGAGAUCGCCUCUUUGCGCAUCGUAGCUGGAGAUCCGCUCCAGCAGUUUAAGGCCAUCAGAACAGGCCCUGGGAGCAAAGAAUACAAGAUCAAGGCCAUCAAGGAAGUGGAAUGGGAGGGAUACAGUUUUGGAUACAACCUUACCUUGCAGGCUAAGGAUAAGGGAAAUCCUCCCAAGUAUUCCUCAGCGAUAAUUGUCAGAGUGAGAUCGCCAAGUGAAUACACGGAGACACCCAAAUUUGAGAAGCACAUCUACAAAGUCACACUUAGUGAGUUUGCUCCACCUCACUCCCCUAUUGUCAUGGUCAGAGCUGUACCAAAACACCCAAAGAGCAAAUAUAUGUUACAGUAUAAGAUGAAACAACACAAUAAUCCAUUCGUUAUUAACCCAAACACAGGGCUUAUUACAACUUAUGCACCUAUAAAAGCCGAACGUGUCAGCCAGUACGAAUUUGAGGUUGUUACGAGUGAUAAAAGAGCUGCAACAAAAGUGAUUGUCAAUGUAAGUGACAUGAAAAACAAUGCGCCAAAGUUUCAACAGUCUAAUUAUAAAGUCAGUGUCAAUGAACAUGUGCCAAUAGGGACUAGCAUCAUAACUGUAAGUGCUACCGAUAAUGAUGAAGGAGAAAAUGGCUAUGUGACUUACAGUAUUGUCAAUGCAAACAAACAACCAUUUGCGGUUGAUUACUUCACCGGUGUUGUAAGCACUGCUGAAGAUUUAGAUUAUGAGACAAUGCCCAGUAAAUUCUCUCUAAGGGUUCGAGCCUCAGACUGGGGCUCACCCUUCCGCCGCGAGGCAGAGUGUAUUGUUUCAAUAAUGCUCACCAACCUAAAUGAAAAUAAGCCAGUGUUUGAGAAUAUCUACUGUGAUGUUACCGUGCCAAGAUCUCUUGGAGUCGGUGAGCAAAUAAUAGUGGUGUCUGCCAUUGACGCUGAUAUUGGUGUAGUGCAGUACAGAAUUGACAGUGGUAAUAACAUGAAUCUCUUUGAAUUGGAUUCCUGCUUUGGGGUGCUGACACUUAAAAAGUCGUUGAAGCAUGGCGAUGCAGCAAAACAGUCUUUUUACAACCUACAAGUAACUGCCAGUGAUGGAGAAAAGUCAAGUACUCCUAUGUUAUUAAAUCUAACAGUUGUCAGUGAUUUAAAACAUGUCCGCACAAAAUGUGUAGAGACUGGCGUUUUGAGAUCCUUAGCAGGGUUGUUGCUUUUUGGCUCCAAACUACACAGUCAAAAAGAACCAGACGAUGAAUUCGCAGACUUCCAUUCUGUUAACUGCAAUACUCCAAGGUUUAUUGAGUCCACUCCAACUGUAAUAGAAGUUAAAGAGAACCUUCCCGUUGGGACAAGCAUAGCACUCCUCGGGGCAGCUGAUUCAGACUAUGGCUUUGAUGGAAAAUUACUUUUUGUGAUCUCAGGGGGAGAUUUUGAUAGUUGCUUUACAAUUGAAUCUGACACUGGGUAGCUUAAACUUUACGAACCACUUGAUAGAGAAAUAACAGACCACUACACUCUAAACAUUACAGUUUAUGACCUUGGAUUGCCACAGAAGUCCUCUUCUCACAUGUUAGACAUUAACAUUUUGGAUGUCAAUGACAACAGCCCAGAGUUCUUACAGCAGGAGUAUUCAGUAGACAUAACUGAAGACACUGCUGUAGGAACAGACAUCAUUCAGCUUGAAGCUAAAGAUAGAGAUUUGGGGGUCAAUGGAAUAGUUAAGUACUCACUUCUAACCAAAACAGACACAUUUUCCCUAAAUGAAAUAACAGGGAUUGUAACUGUUAAGAGUCCUCUAGACAGAGAAGCCAACCCGUCAUUUGUUUUGAAAGUUGCUGCUUAUGAUAAAGCAACUGUGGAGUCUAAAAUGGUAUCAACUGUGUUAUUGCACAUUAAUUUGGAGGAUGUGAAUGACAAUGUCCCUACAUUUAUACCCCAACAAUACCAUGUUCGACUGAGGGAGGACACUCCAGUGGGCACCUUAGUGCUCUGGCUAGAAGCUAAUGAUCCUGACCUUGGCCUGUCUGGACAAGUAAGAUACAGUCUAAUAGAUGGUGAAGAUGGAAGCUUUCAGGUGGACAAAGUGUCUGGAGCUUUGUACCUCUCUCAAACUCUUGAUUUUGAGACAAGACAAGUAUACAAUCUGACAGCAAAGGUCAAAGACAGGGGCAAGCCAAACUCUUUAUCCUCAUCCUGCUUUAUUCAAGUGGAGAUUGUGGAUGUUAAUGAGAACUUGUACCGCCCUUCCUUUCCAUUCUUUGUGGACUGGGGAGCUGUUAGUGAAGAUGCCCCUGUUGGUUCCUCUGUUAUGAAAGUUACUGCUCAUGAUGAAGAUAUUGGCAGGGAUGGAGAGAUCCGCUAUUCCAUACGAGAUGGUUCAGGCCUUGGAGUGUUCACAACUGAUGAAGAGAGCGGCAUUAUAAGAACACAAGAGAUUCUGGACCGUGAAACCACAAGUCAUUACUGGCUGACCAUCUAUGCCACAGAUCAGGGAAUUGUGCCGUUUUCCUCAAUUGUGGAAGUCUAUAUCGAGGUUCAGGAUGUCAAUGAUAAUGUGCCACUGACAACAGAGCCUGUUUACUUUCCUUCUGUGUUUGAGAACUCUCCCAAAGAUGUCUCUGUCACCCAGAUCCAAGCAUUUGACCUUGACUCCAAAUCAAGCGUUAAUAUCGCUUAUAAAAUUACCAGCGGGAAUCCACAGGGAUUUUUUACCAUAAACUCUCAGACAGGUUUGGUGACAACAACAUCACGAAAACUGGACAGAGAAAAGCAAGCAGAGCACAUUCUUGAAAUUACUGUCUCGGAUGAUGGCAUUCCGCCCAAGUCUACCGUGGUUUGUGUGAUAGUCAAAGUGUUGGAUGUAAAUGAUAACAGUCCUCAGUUCCUGGAGAAGAUAUUUAAAAUCAAACUGGUGGAACGACCAGAGGCAGUCCAAUGGGAGCCAAUUUAUCGUGUGAUUGCUUUUGACAGAGAUGAGAGGCCCUCCUCUGAUAUUUCAUAUAGUAUAGAAGAGGGUGAAGAGCACAGGAAAUUCUUCAUUGAGCCCAAAACAGGGUUUGUGUUCUCCAAAGAAGCUAUUUCAGCGGGCCAGUAUCAUAUUCUUAGAAUUAAAGCAUCAGACAAUGGACAGCCUUCGAAGUCGUCAUUCUGUCGGAUUCCAAAGCCUAAUCUGCCUAAACAACCACUGCUGUUUGAGGAGAUUCUGCACUCAUUCUCUGUGAUGGAGAGCGAUCCUGUGGCCCAUAUGGUGGGAGUCAUCAGCACACAGCCUCUUGACUCUCCUGUAUGGUUUACAAUCAGAGGAGACACACAUGCUAAAGAGAUGUUUCACAUCCUACAGAUGGCUUGUGAUCUGAACUGUACAGCAGGUGGGAAUCCUGAUAGCCAGUUUGAUGUUGAGAGGGCUAGUGGCACAAUCAUCAUUGCCGGAGCUCUAGAUGCUGAAUGGCAGUCAAAUUACAACCUCACCGUUGAAGCAACAGAUGGAACAAGAUCCAUCAGCACUCAGGUCACAAUUCAAGUUAUUGACACAAAUGAACAUCGACCUCAGUUUGGCCAAAACCAAUACGAGAUAAGCAUUCCAGAGGAGACCGUUCCUGGGAUGAAGAUACUGGAAAUAAAUGCAACAGACAGAGAUGAAAAUAAUAAAUUGUCCUACACACUGUUGAGCAGCACAGACCUUUAUAAUCUGAAGAAGUUUCAUCUUGACCCUGGGACAGGCUUUUUGUACACCACAGAAGAACUAGACCAUGAAACUAUGCACAGACAUAUCCUCACUGUAAUGGUUAGGGACCAAGGUUUCCCUGUAAAGAGUAAUGUUGUGAGAGUGAUUAUCAAUGUGGAAGACAAUAAUGACAACGCACCAUGGUUCACCAGCACUGAGUACAGGGCUCGUGCGUUGGAGACCGCUGCUGUUGGUUCAUCUGUGUUACAGGUCACCACUCUGGACAAAGACAAAGGCCUAAAUGCUGAAAUCCACUACAGCAUAGAUUCAGGAAAUCAUGGAAAUUAUUUCAGCAUUGAUCUUUCUUCUGGCAUCAUAAUAGUUGCAAGGGAACUUGAGCGUGAAAACAAAAACCAAUAUGAGCUGGUAGUAAAAGCGUCAGAUAAAGGAGAACCUCCACUCAGUGUGGUAACAGCUGUCCAGAUCACAGUUUCCAUCUCAGAUAAUAGAAAGCCAAAAUUCCCCUUCAAUUCAAUAUCAGCUGAGGUCAGUGAAUCUGUCCCUAUUGGGAGUUUUGUAACUCUAGUCUCUGCCUUCAGCCAGUCAACCGUCUUCUAUCAAAUCAAAGAGGGAAAUGUGAAUGGUGCAUUUCAUAUCAAUCCAAACACUGGUGCUGUUGUCACAAGAAAAAAGCUGGACUUUGAAAGACUUUCGUCUUAUGAACUGAUUGUACAAGGAACAGACAUGGCUGAAAUGUCAAGCAGUGUGACAGUAAACAUUCAAUUAAAGGAUGAAAAUGACAAUGCACCUGUUUUCACUCAUCCGGAAUUCACUGGCUUUAUCAGCGAGUCAGCCGCUGUCGGUAGUGUGGUUCUGACCUCUCAGAAUGCUCCACUUUUAGUUUGUGCAACAGAUGCUGAUAGGCACACAAAUGCCAGACUUGUCUAUGAGAUCAUUGAGCCAUUCGCUCAUAACUAUUUUUCCAUGGAUUCUGGGACAGGAGCUAUUCAAAGUGUCAGCAUCCUAGAUUAUGAGCAGAGAAAUGUGUUUAACUUCAGAGUACAAGUCCAUGACACUGGCAUGCCACGUUUAUUCUCAAAAAACACUGCCAAUGUUACUAUCCAUGUCAGUAAUGCCAAUGACUGUGCUCCAAAGUUCAGUCAGGUUUCAUAUGAGACAGCAGUCUUCCUUCCAACCUACAAAGGGGUGAGAGUGUUAACAGUAAAGGCGUCAGAUGAUGACUCGUUGCCAGACACAAAACUAUGCUUUGCACUUGUAGAUGGCAACAUAGGAAACAAAUUCCUGAUUGAUCCAAUUUCAGGUGAUAUUUUUGUGCAAAAUGCUACACAACUUCGCAGUAGGUACAGGCUGAUAGUCAAAGUUUAUGAUGGAAGAUUUAAUGGCUCUGCUACUGUCAAAGUCACUGUUAAAGAUAAAAAAGAGGACAAUCUGAGGUUCACCCAGGAAAUGUUCACUGCCUAUGUGCAGGAAAGCUCAUCAGAGAGGAAAACCCUGGCAAUCCUCUCUGUAGUUGGCAAUAUAAUCAAUGAACCUUUGUUUUUCUCUAUUCUCAACCCUAAUAGCAGAUUUGAAAUAGGACGCACAUCUGGAGUGCUUUUCUCCACAGGUAUCCCAUUUGACCGUGAAGAGCAGGAUUUGUUUGAUAUCUUUGAGGAGGUUUCAAAAGAGUCAAAGUUGAAUGGAACUGCCCACGUGCUUGUGAGAGUGCAUGUUGAAGACAUAAAUGAUAAUGCUCCUUUGUUUAUAGACCAGCCCUACAGUGCUGUUCUACAGAUCGAUAAAACAGUAGGUUCGGUUUUCAGAAAGGUGACUGCCAUGGACAAAGAUAAUGGCAAAAAUGCAGAGGUUACAUACUAUUUAAAAGGGCAUGAUAAAUAUUUACAGGUAAGCCCCUCUGGGGAAAUAUACAUUAAAAGACCUCUUGAGCCAGAAAGCAUUGGCAGGUUUGUCCUCAACAUUACUGCGCAAGAUGGUGGUGACCCACCUCUGUUCUCAAAUGCAGAGGUUUUUAUUUCAGUGGUGAACAGAGCCACACCAGUGUUUGAAAGACCUUUGUAUAAGAUUGAAAUCCCAGAGAAUGUGCAAAUACAUACUUCCAUACUGCAGGUUGUGGCCAAGUCUGCAGGACCUCGUACAAUGUACAGCAUUUGUGGGGGAAACCCUUUCAGUCAGUUCUCUAUUGGCUUCAAUUCAGGACUCAUCAAAGUCAUCCAGCCAUUGGAUUAUGAGGCUCAUCCUGCAUAUCGAUUGAGCAUCCAGGCCACAGACUCUCUAACCGGGGCCAACUCUGAUGUUUUUGUAGAUAUCAUAUUGGAAGAUGUCAAUGACAACGCACCCAAAUUUGAAGCAAGAUCAUAUAACAUUAGCAUCUCUGAAUCUGUUGUAAUUGAAACUUCUGUUUUAGAAGUGGUAGCAAUGGAUUCUGACACAGGAAGCAAUGCGAUAGUGUUUUAUCAUUUGUAUGAAAAGGGUGGAACUGUCUCGGAUCACUUCAGAAUAGAUGGGGAAAGUGGAGUCAUUAGGACUGAAAGGCUAUUAGACCACGAAUCCCAAUCACGGCAUGAACUGAUUGUAAAAGCAGUUGACGGAGGACCAUUUCAAAUGACUGCUGAGGCCCAAGUGAUAAUAUAUGUUACUGACCUUAACGACAAUCCACCUGUAUUUACACAACAGCUUUAUAAUGCUACCAUACAUGAGAUUUCUCUUCAAGGACAGUUUGUGACUUGUGUUAAAGCAUAUGAUGCUGACAACUCUGGUUCCAGUCAACUUGUGUAUUCAAUUCUGGAUGGAAAUGACAACAACAUCUUUGCCAUUGAUGCGGCAAGUGGGGAAAUUGUUAUUGCAAACAUUAACCGACAGUCUCUUGAGCCCUUCUAUAGCUUAAUUUUGUCAGUUACCGAUGGUGUUUUCAGAGGUACUGCGGAGGCAAACAUCUAUGUAAUGGGUGAGAAUAACCAUAGCCCAUCAUUUACACAAGAUGAAUAUCUUGUAGAACUUGCAGAAAACUCUCCAGUUGGUACAGUGGUUAUACAAGUAGGAGCCAUUGACGAGGACCUGGGGAUGUAUGGUCAUUUGACAUUCUUUAUUGUAAAUGAUAUUGCUAGAGAUAAAUUUACCAUUAAUGCAGAUGGGCAGAUUCACACUGUUGAGAGGUUUGACAGAGAAAACUCAAGAGAGAAAACAAUGUACAUCAAUUUAAUGGCUAAAGAUGGUGGUGGUAAAUUGGGCUUUUGCACUAUUGUUGUAAUUCUCUCUGAUGUGAAUGAUAAUUCACCCAAGUUCACACUUUUAGAAUAUAAAGCUACUGUUCCAGGAGACGCACCCAAAAGCACAACAGUGAUCAAAAUAUCUGCAAUAGAUGAAGACGAGGGCAGUAAUGCUGAUAUAAUUUAUAGUAUCGACUCCGAUAUAGGGCACUUUGAAAUACACCCCCUAAGUGGUGUGAUUGUCACAAAGGAAAGUCUAAUUGGUCUGGAAACUGACCCGUAUUCCUUCUUUGUGAAGGCUAAAGAUUCUGGAAGCCCACCAAAGCAAUCUAUUAUUCCAGUUUUAAUUAGAAUACUUCCUCCUGGAACGCUAAUCCCAAAGUUUGCUGAACCAUUAAUUGGGCUGGAAAUUUCAGAAGACCUGCCUGUUGGAAAAGAGACUGAUAUCUUCCAAGCCAAGGAUGAGCAGUCUGUAGUCUAUAGUCUUGUCGCGGGGAACACCCCAGAGAGCAUUAAAGAUGAUGUCUUUGCCAUUGACAGCAACACUGGAAAGCUUAGACUCACAAAACGACUUGAUUAUGAAGCUACCAAAAGUUAUCAGCUCACCUUACAGGUUCAACACAUUGAAGAAGGCAUGGAAAUAGUCUCAACAAUGGAUGUGAGUAUUAGUCUUAAGGAUGUCAAUGACAACAGCCCUCAAUUUGAGUCAUUCACUUACCAGUCUUGUAUUGUUGAGAACCUACUAAAAGGAACUUCUGUAGUACAGCUCAUGGCCACUGAUUUGGAUUCUUGGCUGAACGGUCAGGUCUCUUAUAGUCUGCUUGAAAACCAGGAGAACCCUGAAGUACUGGAGAUGUUUGCAGUGGACAGUGAAACAGGCUGGAUAACCACUCUCAAAGAGAUAGACAGAGAAAAGAGAGACAGAUACAGAAUCACAGCAGUGGCCACGGACAGAGCCCAGAGGCUACAGAUGACAGGCACUACUGUCGUGGAAAUGACAGUUAUGGACACAAAUGACAACCCUACAUUAUUUACUGAAGCAGAAUUUAAAGGCACUGUGAGAGAAGAUGAAUCCACACCAGGCACAGUUGUCACCAUUCUAAGCUCCACUGACUUUGACAGUGAGGAGGUCAACAGGAGGUUCAGCUGCUUUAUCACAGGUGGAGACCCGCAGGGCCUGUUUGAUGUAAAGUAUACAGAUGGUGUUUGGGCAGUUGCUGUCAGGAAACCUCUGGACAGGGAGGAGAGAGAUUUCUAUCUUUUAAACAUCACAGCCACCGAUGGAAUUUUUGUGACAAAGGCUGCCGUAGAGAUCACUGUCCUUGAUGCAAAUGACAACAGUCCUGUUUGGAUGAACGGUAAAAUACGUUACUCAUUUGAAGACUCUGCUGAAGGUCUGUUUUCUAUUGAGGAGAGCUCAGGGAUAAUCAGUUUAGAAAGGUCCCUGGAUAUACAGAAAAAAACCACACAUGUACUGAGAGUGCGUGCGACAGACCAAGGCACUCCCCAUAGACUCUCAUCACUGUGCUCUGUGGUUGUGACUGUGCUGGAUGCAAAUGACCAUCCACCGGCAUUUGAGCGCAGAGCCUACAUUUCCACAGUCCCUGAGGAUGUUGCGAUAGGUACUAAACUUCUGACUGUUUUUGCUGCAAGCAGGGAUAGGGAAAUGACUUCUCAGACAACCUACGCCAUCACCAAUGAGCAAGGAGCUUUCAGCAUUGACUCGCAGACAGGUGAUAUCUAUGUAACCAAGCCACUGGACUAUGAGGUUGCUCCACAGCACUACCUGACAGUGAAGGCCACCACCAGAGGGAAACAGUCCCUCAGUGAUACAGCUAUUGUUACUGUCCACCUCCUUGACAUUAAUGACAACUGCCCUGAAUUCAGCCAAAAAGUCUAUUCGGCUGUAGUCAGUGAGGACAGCAGGCCAGGGAGCAUUGUUCUAACAGUACUAGCGAAUGAUUUUGAUGGACCUUUAAACAACCGAAUCCGCUACUCCAUUAUGGACUACAACCAGACCUGCCCAUUCAUCAUGGACGCUGGCUGUGGUGAACUAAAAGUGGCCCAUCAGUUGGACAGGGAAAGGGUAGUUGGUUACAUGCUGACUGUGCUGGCCACUGACAAUGGAAAUCCCCCCAAAUCCAGCAGUGCUGCAAUCAACAUGGUUGUCUCUGAUGUGAAUGAUAAUCCACCUGUCUUCUCUCAGGCUAACUACAGUCUCAUCAUCCAGGAGAAUCUGCCUUCAGGGGUGAGCGUGCUACAGCUAAAUGUAACAGACAAUGAUUCUGUCCAAAAUGGGCCUCCAUUCUCCUUCAGUAUUCUAAAGGGUGAUGAGACAAUGAGCCCCUUCAAUAUAGACCAGCAGGGUGUGAUCAGGACAGCAGGACCACUGAGAAAGGGCCAGCACAUUCUGAAAGUGCAGGUGUCUGACAAUGGAAGCCCCCCACUAAAAUCAACUACAUCUCUCUGUGUGCUUGUAGUACAGGUGAGUUUGUAUCCUCCGUCUGUGUAUUCCCUGGAUGUUUUCAUCACACUCUUGGAAGAUGAGUAUUUAGGAGGCAAGCUUGGAAGAGUCCAUGCCACAGAUCAAGAUGAAUAUGACACACUCGCAUUCAGUCUGGAUCCUCAGUCCAACAGCCUGUUCACUGUGGUUGCCACGGAUGGUGGAUUACUGGCCCGCAGAGGCCUGGAUGUGGGUCAUUACCUGCUCAAUGUCUCAGUCAGCGAUGGUCGUUUCUCAGCCUCUGUCAACGUCAUAGUACACGUGCAGCAGGUCUCCCAGCAUAUGUUGGACAAUUCUUUGUCUCUUCGCUUCAGUGGCAUUACCGCCGAGGAUUUUAUCCAGAAUCACUGGAGGAACUAUCAAAGAGCAGCCUGUAGUGUGGCUGGGGUCUGCAGGGGUGACAUGCAGCUUAUAAGUCUCCAGACAGAAGACGUCAGUGGCAGUCUGGAUGUUCUUUUGUUCUUUGAGAGAUCAGGAAAAGGUGCCAGCUCACUGGAAGCCAUCUUUCAGAAGAUCAACUCGUCCAGAGAAACAAUCAGAGAGAUGACAGGACUACAGGUAGAGAGGGUUGUAAACAGCCAGUGCUUGAGCUUUGAGUGUCCUGGUAGCACGUGCAGACAAGUGGUUCUACUUGACCAGACCAGCAUGUCCACGCACAGCACUGCCUUAGUGAGCUAUGUCACACCCAGACACCUCAUCACAGCCAAAUGUCUGUGCACAGGUACACAAUAUGGAAAAUGCCCAAAGCAGAUAAAAAGCUGUGUGAAAAACCCAUGUCCAGGUGGCUAUGAGUGUUUGCCAGGCAUUGGUGAAGACAAGAACAGAUGCAUAUGCACAGGCGGUACCAAAGGCAAAUGCUCAGGAGGAUCUUCUAUGACAUUUAGUGAAAGCAGCUACAUUAAAUAUGGCCUUAGAGAAAGCACUAGAAAAUUGAAGCUGAUGCUCUGGUUCAAAACUCUCUCAAGAGAAGGAACAGUCAUGUUUGCCAGAGGAAAAGGCCAUAGCAUUCUAGAGAUAGUGGGAGGCAGACUGCAAUUCCAGUUUGACUGUGGCUGGGGUCUUGCUACAGUUUCUGUACACAGUGUCCUGGUGAAUGAUGGACAGUGGCACAUGGCAGAAUUGGAGGUGAAUGGUAAUUAUGCCAGGCUGGUCCUGGAUCAGCUCCAUUCUGCAUCGGGUGUUGCACCUGGCCCUCAUCACUGCCUCAACCUGGGCGACCAGGUGGUCCUGGGUGGACACACUAACCGUUCCAGAUUCAGGCGCAAUCUGCCUGCAUCAAAGAGCCUACUGGGCUGCAUGGAUUCAGUGGUGUUUAAUGAACAGAGACUCUCCUUGAACUCGGAUGGUCUGUCAGGGGUUGCUAUUGAGGACAUGGUGGGAGUGUCUCCUGGUUGUGUCUUCUUUCCAUCAUCUCCAAACUGCUUCAGCAAUCCCUGCCUCAAUGGAGGGAGCUGCUUAAUGAUACAGAGUGGAGGUUAUUUCUGUAAAUGCAGCACUGGAUACUCUGGAACUCACUGUGAGGUCAAUAUCAAUCCAUGUGACUCCAAUCCCUGCUUGUAUGGAGGAACCUGUAUUCAGAGUAACCUUGACUACUACUGUAAAUGUAGAGGCCAGUACUCAGGUCAAAGGUGUCAAAUUGGACCAUAUUGCAAAGAGAACCCAUGCCAAAAUGGUGGGCAGUGUAUUGACAGUCUUGAUGGACCCAUCUGUGAGUGUGAGCCAGGAUUCAAAGGAGAAAGGUGCAUGAUUGAUAUAGACGAGUGUGUGGACAGGCCUUGCUUCAAUGAAGGCCAUUGUGUCAACACACAUGGAUCCUUUAUCUGCUCCUGCUCUGUGGGCUUCACCGGGAGACUGUGUGAGAUGGACAGAGAUGUGAAGAACCAAUUUGUGUCGUCAUAUUGGAACUCUUGGCUCGGAGAGCUGAUUGGAAUGCUGUCCUUCCUGACAGCCAUCUUUGUACUGGCACCUCUUUUCUUUAUAGUGUGGAACGGCACCUGCAAGUCUUGCAAGAAAGAUAAAGAUCCUGACAAGUAUAAUGCCAAUGAUUCUUAUAUUCAGAGGUCCAGUUUAUACAACCAGGCCCAAAAAUGUUCCUUUCCGGACGGUCCACCACAGAUCCCUGUACGACCCAUCUCCUACACACCUAGCAUUCCUGGAGAGACUCGAAACAACCGAUGCUCCAUGCCUGAGUUUUCCUUUACUCCAGAUCCUCUCUUUGGUCUUUGGAAGACUGUAGCUGUGUGUAGUGUUACACCUAACCUACCCCACUACAAAGCUUCCCAUUCUCUCUCGGAAAAUGAUUCCAUACAGGAAACAGAUUGGGAGGAGUAUGAUGCAAUGGAGGACCACAGUGUUCCCCAUGGUAAUAGAGGACUUCGGUCGGUGUGCUCUCUCCAAUCAGACUUCUUGGAUGACAACACCUGUAAUGACUUCAGAACCCAUAUGGAUUAA